UGCUAUCCCUUUUUCGCACUAUCUUCUCCACACCACCAACGGCGCUUCUCCCCGUCCCGCCCCGCCCCGGCCGUUUCCCCUUCUCCGGAGACAACCAUGAGGACGCGGAGCGGGUCUCUCUACUCCCCUUGCGGCGGCCGUGAGCCGGCGCCACCGGCGGUCGGGCAGAAGAGGAAGAGGUCGCCGGCGCAGUCCGCCGCCGCCGCCGACGGCGAGAGCCAUGGGCGGCGGAAGCGGCAGGCUCCGGGGCUUGACUACCUCGACGAGCUCCCCGACGACCUCGUCCUCUCCAUCCUCUCCAAGCUCGCCGCCUCCGCCUCCUCGCCCUCCGACCUCCUCUCCGUCCACCUAACGUGCAAGCGGCUGAACGGGCUGGGCCACCAGGACAUGGUGUUCGCCAACGCUUCGCCGGCGUCGCUCGCCGUGAAGGCGGCCGCGUGGUCGGAGCCCGCGCAGCGGUUCCUCAAGCGCUGCGCCGACGCCGGCAACCUCGAGGCCUGCUACAUUCUCGGCAUGAUCCGGUUCUACUGCCUGGGCAGCCGCAGCGGCGGCGCGGCGAUGCUGGCGAAGGCGGCGGUGGGCGGGCACCCGGCGGCGCUCUACUCGCUGGCGGUCAUCCAGUUCAACGGCAGCGGCGGCGCCAAGUCGGACCGCGACCUCCGCGCCGGGGCGGCCCUGUGCGCGCGCUCCGCGGCGCUGGGACACGUCGACGCGCUCCGCGAGCUCGGGCACUGCCUCCAGGAUGGCUACGGGGUGCGCCGCGACGCGGCCGAGGGCCGCCGCCUCCUCGUCGCUGCCAACGCGCGCGAGCUCUCCCUCGCCCUCGCCAGCGCCAACCACCGCGCCUUCGCCUCGCUCCCCCUCGUCCCCGGCGCCAACGCGGGCGCCGGCGCAGGGGCCGGGUGCCCGCUCCUGUCCGACUUCGGGUGGAGCCUCCCGGAGGCGGAGCCGCACACGGCGAACCUCUUCAUGUCCGACUGGUGGGCGUCCCGCGGCGUGCAGGCGACCGCGAAGAAGAGCUCCGGCACCGACGAGGCCGCGGGCGCCGAGGGCGAGCUCCGGCUGUGCUCCCACCUGCGGUGCGGGCGAAAGGAGACGAGGCGGCACGAGUUCCGGCGCUGCUCCGUGUGCGGCGCCGCCAACUACUGCUCCCGCGCGUGCCAGGCGCUCGACUGGAAGCGCGCGCACAAGGUCCAGUGCGUCCCCAUGGACCGCUGGCUCCCCGCCGCCGCCGCCGACGCCGCCCAAGCCCAAUGACCCGACGACGACCUGAAGCAACAUGCAGCAGCAGCAGAGUCUAGCCCUUGGUCCACGGCGCAACCGCUCGACCGGGCGCAGCUACGGCAGGAGUCCCGGAGAGAAUGAGGAAGCGUUUCAGGCCUUUUUUCCCCCCUUCGUUUUCUUUUCCCUGCCGUUUCGGCGUCGCCUUGUCACUUUGUCAGACGUAUGUAUGUACGUAUGUGACAACUCCUAGGGAAGAAGAGCAGACGAAGAGAUCCGUUUUUUAAGUUUUAACUUCCUCUCUUAAGUUAAGAUUUAAAACCGCGGCUCCUUUUAGAAACCCAAUCUCGACCGAGUUUUGAGUUUGAUACGUUUUUAAUUUCUUGUUU